GUAGCGUUCAACCAGAGAUGUAUAUCUGAUUGUCUACUGGACACCUUCCUCUGGGUAAACUCAGAACUUUCUCUCCCUCAGCCCAGGUGGUGUUUACUUCUCAACUGCCACUGCUUCAUCUAUCCUCGGAUUUCCCUAAAUCUGUCACCGUGAGGGUAUAGAAAUUAGAGACAGAUCCAAGAAAGCCUUACGGCCUGAAGUACAUACAGUCUGCGCCUAGAAACUAGAACUUCCAGAAUCCUUUGCGCGCGGCUAAGGGGCGGGGAUUUGGGCGCCGUCUCUCCAGUUAAGGGAUGAGAUGGCAGAGCCUUCGGGGUCUCCGCACCGCUUGUUGUACAAGCAGGUGGGCUCGCCCCCCUGGAAAGAAACUUUCAGGCAGGGAUGUCUCGAGAGAAUGAGAAACAGCCGACACAGGCUCCUGAGCAAGUACCGCCAGGCUGCAGGUAGCACGCCGGGAACAGCCUCAGACAGACUUCUUGUGCAAGAAGUAAUGGAGGAAGAGUGGACUUUUUUGCAGUCUGGAGAGAAUUGUCCAGAGCCCUUGCUUCAGUUGGAAUUGCCAUUGGACCUAGCUGUGCUGCAGGACAUCGAGCAGGAGCUGUGGAAUGAAGAAAAGUCCAUCAUAAUCGAGUUUGAGAAGGGCUUACAGUUUGAUGAAAGUUGUCUCAACAGCAUGUUGGCUGAGUGGGAAGCAAACUCCGUCAUCUGUCCUGUGUGUAUAAAGUACAACCUGAGAAUUAUGAGCAGUGUGGUCACGUGUCCAUGUGGCCUGUACAUCCCAUUUCACUCAACAGACUUGACAGAGCAGAAGCUUCGUGCCUGUUUGGAAGAAAGUGUGAAUGAGCACAGCGCACACUGUCCCCACACCCCUGAGUUCUCAGUCACCGGUGGAACAGAAGAGAAGCCCAGUCUUCUGAUGAGCUGCCUGGCUUGUGACACUUGGGCUGUGAUCCUCUAGUCAUCCUGACCUCACACUUCACUACUGGGCUGAGAACAACUAAUUUCCUGAGAGGACUCCUGUAUGCGUAAGCCUUUUGUAUAUAACUGUAAUUAAAACAUUUCAAACGUC